GUGAAGAGUAAAGCAGACUCGAAAGCAGCCCCACGUCAUGACCAGCUGUUCGCAUCGUCUCUAGAAGCUUCGUAGGAGGGUGGAUCGUUCAGCGCGCCUGGGGUAAGCGGCAGUGCGGCGAGGUGUAAGCGCACGGACGGUUGCUCGGCGACCUAGCGUGAACCCAGGGCAGUUGCGUCCCAUAAACAUUGCAGGUCACAACAAACCCCGCUUCCAACAUCGCAGAAUCUUUUUGAAAACAGGGCCAAUUUGCGCCCAAGAUGGAGAAAGAGACGUCGGAUCUGCUCAAGGCACUCCAGAAACCGUCGACCGAUGUCCAGUCUCGACUUGCCCUAUUCAGCACGCUGAAAUCGAGCAUCAAGCACAACCGGGUCCCUGAAAGCUGUCAGGCUCCCAUCUUCGAAUGCAUCCGCAUCGCCUGUACUGCCGCCACCUCGGCCGCCCUCGUGUCCACGGGCUUCUCGACACUGAGCCACUUUAUCAAGCGUCUGCAACUCCAGAAAGAAACGUCGAUUCUUACGUCACAGUCCCCGAUACUAUGUUCCAUUCUCGCCGACAAGUUGGGCGAUGCGCGCGAAAGCCAUCGCAGUGCCGCCUCACAGAUUCUGGCUGAUCUGCACUAUCUAUGCCCUACAGAAAUCGAUGAGCUGAUGCACGAUGCUGCAAAGAGCACCAAUCCUCGCGCCAAAGAAUCUGCCAUGCUGUGGGUGGUCAAGAUGAACAAGACCGAAGGCCUCCCUUUCAAGAGCUACUCCAACCAAUUCGUGGCAAACCUCGAAGACGCGGACGCCGGCGUGCGCGACACCGCGAAGAAGGCGGUGGUGGAUCUCUUUGGACACGCACCAGAACACGCGAAAGCGAACCUCAAGAAGCAACUUAUCGCCCUAAACGUCCGGAAAGCCAUUGCUAGCUACAUCACAACCCACCUCGACGACGACGCCAUGUCUAAAGGUACAGAUGUCGCGCCCGCGCAACCGCCCGUUCCCAUCUCCAGGCCUAUCCCAACUAAACGCGCCGAGACAAUACAACCUGAUGCUGGUUUUACAGAUAGCUUUGCGGGCGAGCAGCCUCCUCCAGUUGAAGUUGUAGUCAUGGACCCCAUACACAUCUACACACAGCGCGAGCUGGACGAUGUUUUCCGCGACAUGGCGCCUUGCUACGAAGGAAAAGAGAGUGAGGGAAAUUGGCUCGCCAGAGACAAGAACUGCACCAAGUUGAGGCGCAUUUUGAAGGGCAACGCACCUCAUGAGUUCCACGCUACUUUCAUCGCAGGCAUCAAGUCGCUUCUAGACGGUAUCCUUAAGGUUGCCAACUCCCUCCGAACGACCAUGUCCACCAACGGCUGCCUGCUGGUUCAGGAGCUCGCGAAAACACUCGGUUCUGCCAUCGAUCCCUGGGUUGAAAUCCUCCUGCAAUCAUUCGUCAAGAUGUGCGGUGCCACGAAGAACAUUGCAGCGCAAAACGGAGCCGUCACCGUAGAUACCAUAUUCCAGAGCGUAUCGUACAACAGUCGCGUAUUGCAGCAUGUAGCCAUGGCCUCACAAGACAAGAACGUACAACCACGAACCCACUCGGCAACUUGGGCGAAGACUUUGAUCAAGCGACACACUUCGCACAUUGAACACUCAGGAGGCUUGGAGACAUUGGAUACUUUGAUCCGCAGAGGCGUCACUGACGCUAACCCCAAGGUGCGCGAGGCAUACCGAAGCGCCUAUUGGACCUACGCUUUGGUAUGGCCUCAAAGGGCCGAGAAGAUGUUCGAUACGCUUGACAAACGAGAGAAAACCGCACUCGAGAGAGAUCCGAACAACCCGAAUGGCGGCGCCGUCUCGUCGUCAACCAGCACAGCUUCGUUUUCGAAAUCAAUAGGUCCCGGUGCUUCGCGUAACGCCUUGAAGGAGAAGAUUGCUGAACAGAGGAGAGCCAAACUAGCGGCUGCGAAAGGUGUCCCUGAGCGUCCCAACUCUGCUGCUGCCAGUUACUCACCAGUGCCAACAUCACAAUCAGCCAAGUCGUUAGGUGCGAGAACAACAUCGAACCUUUCCACGGCUUCCUCAGGUCCGGCGCGACCACCCUCGGCAAUGUCUGGAGAGUCAACGAAAUCAGCACUCAAGAACUCUACGGGCACCGGGUCAUUGAUGUCGGGCACCGUUCGUCGUCCUGUCCGACGACCAGAAUUGAAUAGACCAGCGACAGCCGAUCCCUACGCUGUUAGACGGCCUGGAAAAGUAACGCCCUCUAUGACCCCGGAAAAGACGCCUGCUGCACCAACGGCUAAGAAGCCUGCUGUGCCAAAGAAUAAUGCAAGACCACGAGCGCAAACGCAGAACAGCCCAAAUGUCAGCCCGGCGCGUCCGAAGUCAAGAAUUGGUCAACCCAUUGCCCAUGGCAAAUCCCCCAGCAUGAGCUCUCGUCGCGAGAGCCCUGCUGUAAGCCCGGCCAAAGAAGAAGAUUUGACAAUGGUAAAGCCUUGGGUCCGAUCGCAAAGCCACCAUGAUGGUGGUACCAUCCCAUUCCGAGCAAGAAACGGUCUGGGUGGAAGCGUAUCCGUAGACGAUGAAGCUGUGGAUGUAGGAGACGAGGACAACUUUACUAUGGUCAUUCCUAAUCUUGCGCGACCAACAACACAAUCUACACACGACACGCCUCCGAAGCCGAGAAAGUCAAUCGGUCGAUUGCCGAUACCCAGCCCUCGUGCAGCAGCGCUAAGGAGUCCGAAAUCUAUGGGUCACUUGGAGAGCGCUAGCUUGCGCUCUUCAACGCGUAGCCCACGUAUAAGGUCUCCAGAUCGACCAAGCACUCGUGGUACCGAUGUCGGAGAUGAAGUUCAAGUGUUUGAGGAUCCCUUCGUUGGCGAGGAACACACAACUAUUGAGAAUGGGCCAGAGAAGCAGGUCCUUGAAGAGCUUCCCAUCAACGAGAAGGCCAACGAGCGCCGCCAAAGCACCGGAAGCAUGUCAAGUGAUAUCAUGAUGGGUAAUGGGAACGAAGAGCGCCCACGCGGUCACCACAAAACGAAUAGUACAGGAAGCGUCUUGCACACAGAGAGCUACGACACGAACAACGCUGAAGUGCUUAAGAACCGACAGCUACUUGCAAGUGGCAUUAAGAAGAUUGAGGGACGCACGGUUGAGGCUCACAUGUUCCGACGCAUGCAGGACAUGGUCAAGUCAAACCAAGAAAUCUGGGGGCCGAAUGACGAGAACUUUGGCAGACUUUUACUGGCAUGCCUCGAUUUCCUCGAGGCCCCAGUUCACGAAUUGAAGGCACCCCAGAUGAAGGCUGUCAACCUCAAGGUACAGGCUCUAGCAACGAUUCGCGCGUUGCUUUCUCUUUAUCGCAAAGAAACUGCAAGAUACUACUCUCGAGUACUUCGUACCAUCCUGCAGACAAAGGCGCAGUACGAAAACACAUCGCAUAUCGCCAUUGACCUUGAGGCAACUGCAGACGAGAUCGUCAAGUACGGCCAGACUCUGGAUUGCCUUAAUACUGUCCUCGCAAUGAUUGAGGACACACCUGCAUCGACCCCAACGUCUUCGCCGAACUCCAAGUCUUCGAUCUCUUCUCAGCCUGGCCAAGUGUCGACCCGCUCUACGACCAUGGCGUUGAGCACACUUGCAUCCCUCGUCGAGAUGAGCGGCGCUAAGAACAUUGCACUAUCACCUGAGCAGACUGCGCGUCUAGGCAGAUUAGCCGUACGCUGUAUGGAUGACCAGGACGCCGAUGUGCGUAAAGCAGACAUUGAGUUUUGUGUCGCACUGCACGAGCGCAUAAACGGAUCAGACGGCGCGAAGGAAGACGGAGGUUUCUGGAAAGCCGUUGCUGGUGCGAGAGAACAACACUUGAACUUGUUGACAUACUACCUUGCGAAGAAGGGCAAGGCCUAGAUGGCUGUCCUUCCGUUGCGACCGAAAGGCUUGGAUUGAUAAAUGUGCAUGGCUUCGACAGAGGACUGGGAUGUCACAUUGGAACUGGUAGUUAGGGAUUCGCGUUCUCCUUUGUCACUUGGUCUGACGUUUAGUCAUCUUCAGGGUGGUUUAUUGGGCGUUUUGAGAAAAGCGGGAUCGCUCCGGUAGUCACUUUCUCGAUUGUCUCACUUUCUUAGCCUUACUUUCUGUGACACUAGGGUUCUAGGGAAUAGUAGUUGAACAUGUAAUUCUAUGAUUAUUUCUUCUUGAAGAUAUAUCCUCUGUCUCGACG